UUUUUUUUUUCUUUUUCAUUACUUUUUCUCCUUAUUUUUAAUAAAAAUAUAAGUGAAUCUUUCAAUGAGUAAAACGGCUAUGAUAUUUGGCGCCACAGGCGCUGUUGGCAAACAACUUUUGAAGGACAUAUUAAAGAAUGGAACAUAUGCAAAAGUGAUUAGUGUCGGUAGACGUCCAGUCGAAAUAGAAGACAACACGAUUCCUCAAGAUAAACUGGUACAAAAAACGAUUGAUUUUAAUAAUUUGGAAGCCUAUCGAAAUGAUUUUAAAGGCGUAUCUGAUGUAUUUUGCUGUCUUGGCACAACUAGAGCUGAUGCUGGAAGCGCUGAGAAUUUCAUUAAAAUUGAUCAAACCUAUGUCUUGGACUCUGCUAGAUUAAUUGCUGAAGAAAAUAAAACAGACAAAGCUUUAUCUCCUGUACAUUUUCUGUAUUGUUCUGCUUCAAAUUCAAAUAAGAAUUCAAUGUUUUUAUAUCCAAAGACAAAAGGUGAGACUGAAGCUGCACUUGAAGAAAUAGGAUUUGAAAAGGUAUCCAUCUUUCGUCCUGGAUUCUUGGAAACUGUUGAGCCUCGUACACGUCCUCGAAUGAGUGAAUCUAUUGCAUUUUCUAUUUUUAAACCAAUCAAUCAACUCUUCAAUUUAAACAUGGUUAUCUCGGUUGAAACUGUUGGUAAAGCAAUGCAUAAAGUAGCUGCAAAUGCUUCUAUUAAACCAACUGAAGAAAAGAAUAUGAAACAAUCUUCAAUUGGAUCAACUAUCUUUUCCUUUUCUAACGCUGAUAUUGAAGAAAUCGGCCAUCCAAACCACUAAAAUUUUACAAUUAUUUUUUACAAUUAUUUUUUAUUUUAUUUUAUUUUAUUUUUUUUUUUUUAUUUUAUCUCUUUUCGUAUAUCGAC